GAUCGCCAUUAGAUUGCUCCAUAUUUUAAAGCUGUUUUUCUUCCCCAGCCUUUGCGGCUUCCGCAGCGAAGGAAGGACGCUGGCGGCGUUGCAACUAACCCCAGAGUAAGCUCUUCGCUGCAUCUCAUUUUAUUUUUUUGUUUGCAUAUAAGCAAAAUUCUGCAUUUUUUGCGGGGUUCGUUUGCAAUCUGUUUUUCCCCAUCUAUUGAUUGAUUUUUUUUUAAACCGCCUAGAAAAUCUACAUUUCUGCGUUUGGUUUUAGCAAUAGCAUUUGCAAUAAGACCUCCUGUCUGCGGCAGGUGGCUCUUUUCCUGCGUCUCCCCCACUGUUUGUGUGGGGAGCGAUGGCAGCGACCUUGGAAGGCACAAGGAGCCAUUAUUUAGAGCGUGGGAUCUUCGCCAGGAUUUAACCAGAGCCGGCGUGGGUGCACGGGCAUAGGUCCCUGUCGCCACUGAAGCGGCCCGUGCAAGUGCAAUUCCUCUCUUUUGUUUGAAUCUCCCUGAACCGUCCCUCUUCCUCCAUGAUUCUAACAGCUCGCCAUUGCUUGAAUGCCUUUCUCCUGGUCGAUAUUGAGGAAGGUUUAAAGAUGGAGUAACAUCAUUGGUGUGACAGAGAGAGAGAGAAGCAAAUACAUCACACCAGUAAACAACAUCUAUUUCAGAGGAUCCUGAUCUGGGCUGAGGGAAAGUGCUGGAACAAUCAAGGAUAUUCAUCUGGCGAUGUGAGGAAACUGAGGGAGGAACGGAUUGAUUCUUGGACUGAAACGUCCUUUUGUGUCUGCAAGUACUGUUUUUAAGCCCUGUUCAUGAUGAUCUGCUUGUAAAGAAUAGAAAUUGGCCCAGUUUCUGCUGUCACUACAGCCCCACUGCAGGGCCGGAAGAUCUCUGAUUUUUGUUUGUUAGGUGUAUAGUUGCUGUGAGGCCAACCUCAGUGACUCGAGUGUACCUGUGAUUACAGUCUACAUACUUGCAUCUUCUUGGAUUGAGUUGUUUAUCCAGUUUGACCAGAGGUAAUCCCAAUAUUAGUGAAGAUGGAGGCUAUUUGGGUGUACCAGUUCAGACUGAUAGUCAUUGGGGACUCCACAGUGGGAAAGUCGUGCCUGAUCCGUCGUUUCACAGAGGGCCGCUUUGCCCAAGUGUCGGACCCCACAGUUGGGGUUGAUUUCUUCUCGAGGUUGGUGGAGAUUGAGCCAGGAAAGCGGAUUAAGCUUCAGAUCUGGGAUACAGCAGGCCAGGAGAGAUUCAGGUCUAUAACUCGUGCGUACUACAGGAAUUCAGUGGGAGGACUUCUCUUAUUCGAUAUUACCAACCGUAGAUCCUUCCAAAAUGUCCAUGAGUGGUUGGAAGAGGCCAAAGUUCACGUCCAGCCAUUCCAGAUCGUUUUUGUGCUGGUCGGCCAUAAAUGUGACCUGGCAGCCCAGCGGCAAGUAUCCAAGGAAGAGGCAGAAAAGCUUGCUGCUGCUUACCGGAUGAAAUACAUUGAGACAUCUGCAAGAGAUUCCAUCAACGUUGAACAGGCCUUCACUGACCUGACAAGGGAUAUUUAUGAACUUGUGAGGAGGGGCGACAUUGUGAUGCAAGAGGGUUGGGAAGGAGUGAAGAGUGGUUUUGUUCCAAAUGUGGUCCACUCAUCAGAGGAAGCUGUCAAAUCAGGCAGGAGAUGCCUCUGCUAAUUAAAGAGUGGAAACAUUUAAAUUGGAUAAGUUCCUUUGCACGUAGAGACUGUACCAAAUAAAUACUUUGGCCUUUUUAAGUUUGUAUUACAAAUAAUUCACUAUUUCCACACUGUGGACAUCUUGAUCUCUGUUUGUGAAUAAUGGGGCCCCAAGUUGCCAGUCAGUUACCCUAUUUAUCUUGCUAAUGCUGAUGAACAAUUUACCUACACUUUGUACCUCAGGGAAGAGGGAACAAGGGUGAGCCAAUUUACUUCUGAAAAUUACUUAAAAGCACCUGCGAAUGGGUCAGACCAACAUUUACAUCUUACUCUUUUUUUUACCAAAAAAGGUAGUAAGGCAGUUAAAGAACCUGAACUGCUACAUCGAUUUGAUCUGCCUGUGCUUAUUCCUGGUACAGGUGAAGACCCUCAAUGUAACCUACCUAUUUUUGAUCCACUGGUCUGUAAAGUGAGUUGCCCAUGACUUCAUUGGAAAAGAUCCCAAUAAUAAAGAAACAAAAUACAUAGGAAUUUAUUCUGCCCAAGAUCUGUUUAAAAUAAAAAUUAUAGAGGUAAUAUCAUCUGUAGAAAUAUGUUAUUAGGUUACAACUUUAAGAGCUUGUUUCUUUCCCUGUUUUCCUCCUUCUCUUUCUUUAUGACUAGAGUUGCUUGCUGAUGUAUAGUGCAACAUUAUAUUUGCCUCAUUCACUUUCACCUGCUUAUUGGACUCUGGGUCUGGUCAUCAGUAUUGAACCCAAUUCUGCCCACAUGCUUCUCCAAUAAGAUAUAUUGGCUGGCAAAUGAGGAAAAGGAACCCUGCCAUUUUUCCCUGUAUACUCAGAAGAGACAAAAGCCAAUGACCUGAUACAGACUGGAUCCUUCAUGAUCGAUAUGGCUCAUUGAAACAUAUUGGCUCAUGAAUUAUCUACAAUUUCAAUGAUGAGUUCUUGCUCAUAGUAAUAAGAAAAAGAAAAAAGGGGAAAGGCAAAAAAAUUAAGAUCAAUAAUAAUAUUUAGUGUGAAUGAAUAGUGAACAUUUUGGAACUGCAAAAUUAAGAAGGCCUUUACUAGCCUCCUAUGUGUAGUGACUGUACAAACAGAUAAAGAGAUAUUUGUAAAUCAGUAAGUUGACUAUAUGCUGUAUAUGAUAGAUCAGUGCUAUUGAAUGAUUCAUUACCUUGCUGAAUAAAUGGUUAAUCCAUCUAGUCCUUUACCUGGUGAGUAAACAGGAACUAUAUUCAAGUACUUGAAAAGUGACUCUAAUGAAUAAACAAACUCAAUAGUUAGUCAGAAACUUAUCCUACUGUAUAAAAAGCAAAGUGUAGCUAAAAAAAUACAUCCUUUAGCUGAACAAUAUUGGAUCAUUAAAGUUACAUUGUAAAUAGACCCCAGGCUGAGACAUUUGGAAGACUGGAGAGUGCAUUUAGAUAGUAGGAGACUAGUCGCUUCAUACAGUUGUGCAGCAAAUAACUUUCACUUCCUAAACAAAUAAGACUUCUACUCAAUGAGUAACUGCUGAACAAAGCAAGUUAUUCUUAUCCUGCUGAAUGCAUAAUUCCAGAUUGGAGCAUAAUUUUUAUUCAGCUGAAAAAUCUGCAAUGCAGUUAUAUCCAAACCAUGUGACCCAGAUGUUGAUUCCUCAUCUAGUGAGCAAACUGGGGUUCCAAUGCAAUUUCAUAGCAAGUGCUUGAACAAGCUAGUGAUGAACAUUUCUCAAGAUUUUGUAUUGUUUUGAGAACAUAUUGUCGCUUUAAAGUAUAACUUGAUGCCUCAAAGGUUUCCGAAUUUACUGAACCAGAGAUCCUGAAAAUAUGUUUCCUGUUUCUUGCAUUUUUGAUUUUCUACUAUACAUUUUACACAAUUGCCAGAAAUCAAAAUGAGCUCUAACUUGUGCUGUAUCAGAGGGAGACCUCCCCUAUUCAUUCAAGAAACAGAUUGCAUUUAUAAAGCACCUUAUCACAUCUCAGAACAUUCCAAAACAUUUAACCAUUCUAUUUAUUUAAAAGUACAGCCUCUGUUGUACUGGGAAAUAUUUUUCCAGAAAAUUUCCACAAGCUACGAAUGAAUUAAAUGUGGGAAACCCCCACACUAUGGCCAUUCAGGUAACAGAAAUUCACCCUUACAGACGUCACAAAUCACUACCCAAAAAAUUUGAGAUACGGAAUAUGCUCUCACAGAACUUGUGGAAAAAUAAGUAAAUAAACAAAACUGACUUUUUUUCAACUCGCGUUUCUUCCUGCAAGUGCAGGUGAUGUGACUUCGUGUAUGGAAAAUUGCAAUAAGGACUGUUUUCUAGGAACUACCCCUCCCUCCCCCAUUACAUCAGGGUCAUCUGUAACCAAUCUAUCUAUUUUUAAUGAAGGAAUUAUGUAGGCCUGGACAUACAGAAUGUUUCCACCUCCAAAGUUAAUGAUCUGCAAUGACUUGAUGCAUCAUUAAAGACAGAUAUACCUUUCAACUUAGGUGACUUAUUUUCAAAAUACAGAUAUGAGUGCCAAUUAAGUAGUAGGAAUAGAUUAUACUUACUUAUCCCUGAGGCACAAAUAUUUAAUUUUUGAACUGUUCUAAAUAAACUUCUUUGUGGAUGUGCCCUACAGUUUUCAUUACACCAUGUGAGGUAAAUUAAGAUAUUCUUACAGGGUGUGACUCUGAUGACUCUGAGGCUGGAGACACUGAGGUAACAGACUGACAUCCAAAACAACACUCACCAGAAGACUUAGCCAAGAUAAUGUUCCUGUCCACAGCAGAGUUUCAAGACACAACUUCUGAUACAGAGGCGAGAGUUUUUCCACUGAGCCAAGCCAAGACUAUUUUUCAGUAUCCUAAUUAAGUGGGUUUUCAUUAACACUGCUGUAAUUAAACAAGCAUUCCAAAUGUUGACAUGUUCUGCAUGUACACAUACUUCCAGAUAUCUGACUUAAAUGGUAGUUUUAUACGCUUUGCUUGAAUACCUUGCUUUAAUUAAGCUGAUGCUCUGGAUUUACUUUAAACUGCUUCAUCUAAUAUUUUAUGUGGCUCUUUAUAAGUAGUGAAAACCCAAAUGUGGUGGAAUUCUUUAUAGUGUAACCAUGCAGAAAGAACUGCAGCCUAAAAUUAGUGAUUAAAAGAUAAGUGGUCUAACACAUUAGUUUUAUUGAGAAUGUAAGUGAAGGUUGAAGUUUUAGUAAUGGAGAAUACCACCAGGGCUGAAAAAAUGGGAAAAAGAAACUCUGGCAAAAAGGAAGAUGUUAGUUUAGAUCUGGUUAAGCAGUCAAUUUUGACACAAAGGAAAUCCGAGGACAGCAAAGUGAAAGUUCAAUGUCAGAGGUGACCCUUUGCUAACCAAUGAUUUCCCUUUCAUUAGUAAAUGGUGAAGCAGGCUCAUUGAAGACACUGUAAGACAGGGUGACCUUUUUGGUACAAGUCUGCACUUCGAGAUAAGCAUUUUGAUGUUAGAGGGCGCAGUGCAGGAUCAUUAUCUGAAGAUUAAAGUUUAGCAGAAAGGAGAAAAUAGAAGUUCAUAAUUCCAUUGUAGAUUGGCGAUAGCAAUUGUAAAUAAGUGGUUCACAAGUUUACAGCAUAGAGGGAGACUGGCGCAUCAAAUCCAUGCCAGCCAAAAUAAUUCUAUUCAGCCUAAUCCUGCGUUCCAUUUCUUUGUCCACUAUGUAAGUUAUGGUAUAGCAAGAGUUUAUCCAAGUAUUCUUUAAAUGUGAAGAGAGUUUCUGCUUCUAACUCAUUGCUUGGAGACCUCCACCCUCUGGGCAAAACAGAAAAAUCCUCCAUUUCACUCUAAUCCUUGCAAUGGUUACUUUGUAUCUUGAUUACUUUGUAUCUUGGUUACUGACCUCUCUGCUAAGGGAAAUAGGCCUUUUUUUUAAUCUACCCAAUCUAGGCCACUUAUGAUUUUAUAUACCUCAGUUAAAUCUUUCCUCAGUCACUUCUGUUCCAAAGAAAAUAAUCCUAGCCUAGCCAAUCUCUCCAACUGAAAUUUCUCCAGCCUCAGAGCUGCUCCCUGCAAGGAUAUCUUCAAUCAACUCCACACAAGUGGUGUAAUGGAAAACGUAAGGCACAUUAACGGAGAUGCUCUGCAAGGAAGUUUAUUUAGAAUAUGUCAAAAAUUAAAUACCAAUCCCUCAGGUGUGUAAGAAGUAUAAUCUAUUCCUACUAUUUUAUUAUCACAUAUCCAUUUUGUGAAAAAUAAGUGAAAAGUGACUAACUUUUAAAUUAAAAGUUAUCCUUAAAGCCUGAGAAACCAAUUCUUUUAUUGCUUUCUUUCACUUGCCUCUCACGCCCAUCAAUUACUCACUUUUAAUGCUUGAUAAAAAGGCUCAAGUGUGAAGCCAAAGGGGCAUUAGU